GUCUGGAACGUGGAUAAAACAAAUGUUCCAUAAAAAAAGACAAACAAGAUGACAGUGUGAGUGGUGAAUGUGUUUGCAGUGUCCACUGAAUAGUUAGACUCUACACUUUGCCCUCAACACAGGCCGAGGCUAAAGUUCACCAAGAGAGGGAGAGAAAGAGAGAAAGAGCAACAGAGUAAGGGAGGAGGGGAUGAAGGGAAAAGCAAGUAGCAAAAAAAUCCCCUUUCAAAGCAAAAGGACAACAGGUGUCUAGAUUUAAUACAGGAGCAGAAACAGAAGAACGCUGGAAAACGACAAAGAAAAUGAAAACAAGCUGUUCAUGUGAAAGACAGACUACUGAACUGAAAGACAGAGGUGAAUAUUGAACGUGUGCGAUAUUGUUUUGCCAUCUGUUUGCACACAAAAGAGUGUGUUGGUAAUUGCUUCAGUGGCACAGACAUAGCUUAUAUGAGCAAAUUAUAGACAAAACACGGCUGCUUAAACACCUCCGAAUGCAAGAGAUGGAGGGAGGAGAGGGGAGAAGAGCAGGAGGAGAACGAAGCGGCCGGCUGUCGGCCUUACAGGAGCAGCUGGUGUGGUCUCUGCUGGGAUCAGGGCUGUCAAAAGAGCUGCUGAUCCAGGCCAUGGGAGAUCUGGAGCGAGAACGGGCCUCGGCCGGUGCAGAGAAGAUGGAUCGGGCUGAUGGCGAGAGCUCGGAGGAAGGAGACAUGGACAAUCCACCUCCUAUCUUCCAUGAGCUGGAGAGGCUACCGCCAGAGGAGGCCGCGAGGCAGAGAGCUGAAGUGGACCAGCUGUUGCAAGAGGAUCCUUGGCACAUGGCUAAAAUGAUAAAAAGCUAUAUGCAGCAGCACAACCUACCACAGAGAGAGGUGGUGGAGUCCACUGGCCUCAACCAGUCCCAUCUCUCCCAGCACCUCAACAAGGGCACACCCAUGAAGAAUCAAAAGCGAGCUGCUCUGUACAGCUGGUACGUCAAGAAAAAGGCAGAGAUCAACCAGCAAUUCACCAAUGCCAGUCGAGGUGUUGUGUCAGGAGAGGAAUCCGGGGAUGAUGUAAGAAAGGGACGGAGGAAUCGAUUCAAAUGGGGCCCAGCAUCCCAACAAAUCCUGUUUCAGGCCUAUGAACGACAGAAAAACCCCAGUAAGGAGGAGAGGGAGGGACUGGUGGAGGAGUGCAACAGAGCGGAGUGUCUUCAGAGGGGAGUUUCUCCAUCUCAGCUGGCCGGCCUAGGCUCUAAUUUGGUUACAGAGGUUCGUGUAUACAAUUGGUUUGCAAAUCGGCGUAAAGAGGAGGCAUUUCGCCACAAACUGGCACUGGACGUGCCCUACAGCAGCCAAUCAGCUCCCUCCACAGGCCAGACACUACCAUCCAGUCCUUCACCAGUUCUGAAGUACAGCCAGCCAGUUCUUAAGUACAACCAGUCAGUGGUUUGUGAGAGUCUGGGCACAGUGAGAAGCUCCAGUGGUGAGGACCAAGGUGGCGGCGGUCGUCUAGCCAGUCCUGUCCAACUAGAACCCAGUCAUACACUGCUGGAUACACACCAUCACAAACCAGCAUCUGGUGGUGGCUCCUUACCUCCCGUCAGUACUCUCACUUCCCUGCAUGGAGUUUCAGGAUCCUCUGCUGCCCCUCCAGGACUGAUCAUGGCAUCCCUACCAAGUGUAAUGAGUCUGGGGGACUCCUCACUUUUCAUAGGCUUGACCUCCUCUCAACCACAGACGGUCCCUGUCAUCAAUAACAUAGGGGGAGGCUUUACUACCCUUCAGCCAAUCUCGUUUCAGCAGCAGCUUCACACCUCUCCUCAGCAGCCAAUAACACAGCAGUUUCAGAGCCACAUUUGCCCAAGCUCCUUCAUGGCAACAAUGGCACAGUUACCAUGCCACAUGUACAGCAAGGCAGACCUGAGCGCUUACACCUCCAGUCUCCUGUCCCAGGCCAUGGUCAUCGCAGACAGCAACAGCAUCGGGACGCUGACUAACCUCACAUCUGUUCGACAGAUUCUCACCUCAGAUCCUGAGGGUCACUCAGACACUCCCAUUGAAGAGGUGUCUUUACAUCUGCAGUCCACUUCACCUGAGCCAGUGUCUUCUGGCAGUUUGGAGCUCUACCCUCAGACACACAUGAGUGAAACCCAUUCUUCUCACCUGCUCUCCUCUCCACCCGGAGAUAUAGACCCUUACAUGCCUACACAGAUGGUCUCUACUGCACAGUAGCUGCAGCUACUGAUGGAAAUACCACUGAGAGCUGGUGUAACUCAUUCAAAUACAUUAGAGAGCAAAAUUAAGUUAAAUAAAUAUUAGCAGUCCUUCUAAAAAACAAACUGCCUCAUUGCUACCUGCUGCCUACCCACACAGAGGAGGAAGAAAAACUUUAAACUCUAUAAAAUCAUUAAAACCUUUAAAUUAUGCUCCAUAAACGGACUGAGUUCAAUUCAAUAUGGAAUCUUUUGUGAACACUGUACAUAAAUUACUGUAAAAAUAUGUCAUCGUUCUAGAUUUCUGUGUCUAGUCAGGCUGUAAGACUGAUUAAAAUGAAUAAAAAGUUUCGAAAAAUA